GGCUGUACUUUUAAGGGGAUGUGGAGUAGAGCGUUUAAAGGACUAACGCUGUCCAUUUACCAUGGGAUAGAGUCCUCCGUGGAGUGUAAAGGGUUAACAGCAGGCAGGUUUAAAUUAGACUCCUGUGAUGGUCAGAGAGUCAGCUGUGGAGCGUCACUCAGACGCAGACUGCUCAGUAUCUCACCGCUGAAGCUGCUGACUGUUUCUCUUCCCUCAGGAAUGGCUUCCCCCACUAGCCUCCUGUCUGAGGAGCAGUGCCACUGCUCCAUCUGCCUAGAUGUGUUCACCAACCCCGUCUCCCUUCCAUGUGGCCACAACUUCUGCAUGGCCUGCAUUGUGGGCUACUGGCAGACCAGUGCUCUCUACCAGUGCCCCAUGUGCAAGAAGACCUUCUACAAACAGCCAGACAUCAGCAUCAACACUGUUCUCAGGGAGAUAGCCGAGCAGUUCAAGGAGAUGCGAGCUGGAGCCAGCGGUCAUCACCAGCUCGAGUUGUCUGAGCAGGAGGGCUGGCUGGAGGAGGUGCCCUGUGAUGUCUGCACCGGGGAGAAGGUGAAGGCUGUCAAGUCCUGUCUGGUGUGCCUGACCUCCUACUGUGAUGAGCACAUGAGAACUCACAACGCCAGGUUCACCAAACACAAGCUGGUUGAGCCUGUGAAGAACUUGGAGGACAGAAUGUGCAAGAGACACGAAAGACUCCUGGAACUGUUCUGCAAAAGAGACCAGACUUGUGUGUGUGUGUUGUGUACUGAAACCGACCACCGGGCCCACUACACUGUGCCUGUGGAGAGAGAGUGGACCGAGAAACGGGCUCAGCUGAGGAAGACUGAGGCAGAAGUUCAGCAGAUGAUCCAGGAUAGACUGAAGAAAGUAGAAGAGAUCCAACAGUCGGUCAAGCUGAGCAAGAAUAGUGCCCAGAAGGAGACUGAGGACAGCGUCCAGGUCUUCACCAAUCUAAUACGAGCCAUUCAACAAACUCAAGCAGAGCUCAUUGCCGUGAUGGAGGAGAAACAAAGAGUGGCUGAGACAAGGGCUGAAGACCUCAUUAAGGAGUUGGAGCAGGAAAUUGCUGAGCUUCAGAGGAGAAAUGUUGAGCUGGUACAGCUCUCUAACACUGAGGACCAUAUUCACUUCCUGCAGAGUUUCCCAUCCUUGUGCACCCCUCCACACACCAAAGACUGGUCCGAUGUCACUGUCUACACCGACCUUCCUGUUGGGACAGUAAGAAGAGCUGUUGCACAGCUGGAGGAGAAGCUCAAUGAAGAAAUGGAGAAACUGACAGAUAUGGAACUAAAGAAAAUACAGAAGUACACAGUCGACGUGACCUACGACCCCAGAACUGCAAACCCCUGGCUGUUGUUGUCCGAAGACGGAAAGCAAGUGAAGCAUGCGGGAACAUGGCAGGACCUCCCAGAUGACCAGGAGCGCUUUGACACCGUGGUCAUCGUCCUGGGGAAAGAGGCCAUCUCUUCAGGACGCCACUACUGGGAGGUGCAGGUGGGCGAGAAGGACGACUGGUACCUGGGAGCGGCCAGGGCAUCUGUCAACAGGAAGGGGCGGAUCGCCGUCAGCAUAGCCAAUGGUUACUGGGCCCUGGCGAUGAAGAAAGGGCAGGAGUACAAGGUGUCAUCCACACCCCCCGUCAUGCUCACCUUGGACUCCAGGCCCAGGAAGGUGGGUGUGUACGUGGACUUUGAAGAAGGACAGGUCUCCUUCUAUAAUGUCAAAGCCAGAUCCCACAUCUACACAUUCAUGGACAGCUUCACCGAGAAGCUGUAUCCCUUCUUCUAUCUGUACUGCUGCGACAAAGCAUCUGACACCAUGGUCAUCUGCUCAGGAAGGGACAGAACGUUCAUCAAGCAGUGUUAACUCCUGGGCCUAAACACAUCAGUUUUGCCGGAUUGUUGUUUUGCACUAAAUCACAUACAUUAUUAUUAAUUAACAGCUUUAUUUGAUGUUCCGUACAUGUUCCAGUGUUGGCGAAAUGAGGGAUCUGUAAACAACAGAACAAAUCCAUCUUCUCGAUUUCACACAUACUUUACCACAUUCGCUGCGAAAACAGGUGAACGAAGGAUAAAAACAGAGUGAUAGAGUAUUUUACUAUAGAUAUUAAUAAAGUCUAUUUUUCUGCCUGUCUGCUGUUUACGUUCAUCAUAAUGGAAAAAGAUACCAACAAACUGCAACGAAAACCUCAAUCUGAAGAUAGGGGCACACACACUUACACACACUUUGUAUGUCAUUGUCAUACAGAUACUGUAUAUGACUCCUUCAAUAGAAAACACGUUUAAAAUUCACACACACAGGAACACACAUGGGCACACACACACGUGAGGUCACAUAAGGUGGACCAAGGAAGUCUUUUUAUAA